UCGUUUAGCAAGGUCAGAUCAGUAGGCACACAACCGUCAAGCAGCACACUACAGCCGAACGGUGCCUAAAUCAUGGCCAAGUGUAUAUCCCUGUUGCUGCUAGUGAUUGGAGCGUUAGUUGGUAGCAACGCACAAACUCCAACCUUGCUACGGGACACAAUCUGGGGCGAGUUUCCCUCGGUAGUGUUGGUGAAAACUCCGCGCGAAAAUCAAUUCUGUCUCGGCACGGUUCUAAACGGAAAUCACGUUCUUACGUCCGCCUUUUGUGUGCUCACCUAUGACCGUAUGCGGGUAUUUCCCGCCCGGCUGGUGCGUGUGAUCGGAGGUGAUAUAAAUGUGGCCCCAGUUGCAUACACUCGACAGUCCCGUACCGCGCAACAUAUUUUUGUGCACGAAAACUACCGUCCUCAUACGUUCGAAAAUAAUAUUGCUGUAAUACGUCUUGCCGAAGCUUUCCAUCUGCCGAGCAAUGCGAUCGAGCAGGCACACAUCAGAAUGCGGAUCGUGCCGGACACACAUCCGUGCGAUGUGGUCACUUGGUAUAGGGGGACCGGGGGCGAUGUCAACCCUAGCCAAGAGAUGCCAAGGCAGCAAGCAUUCAAUGUGAACAUCCGAAACAGGGAUGCGUGUGCAGCCGAACGGCGCGCCGAGCUUACCAUACAGGAAAGCACCAUCUGUACGUACACGACGACCACGAUGAAUGUCGUACAGGGUGAUCCGAUGUUCUGUAACGGCGAGCUAACGGCGAUUCAGUCGUUCACGUUUCUGCCUCCGGGACAGCAGCAACAGAUUCAGCCAAACUUGAUCUCCACCCAGGUUCGGUUCUACAUUCAUUGGAUAAACACUCAACUCAACCGCACGCUACCGAUGCCGGAAGGAUGGAAUCCGGUGGAGUUUUAAAGCAGGGGACAUACAUUACAUGAAGUACGGUUGUCGAUAAGGUUACAAUCGAAUAAAAUAAUUAUUUCAGCCUAAUGUAGAUCAGCACAUAGGAACCACACAUCGUAUUUGCAGUCUUCCACACACAUACUGGAA